AGCCGCUCUGGCCCGAGGGGCGGGCGCCUUCGCGGGGGGGGCGGGGGGCGCGGCCCCCGCGGGCGCGCCGGGCGGCGGCCGGGGGUCGGUCGGCCCGCAUCCCGUUUUCGCCUGCCCCCGCAGCUCCGGGGGUAGCCGGCGGAGACGGCGCACACGACCGUCCGCGUCGCGGAGUACUUCCCCGUCAGGAACGCUGCGCCAGGCAUGGCCGCGAAAAGCGGCGCGCAGCUCCUCGCGAACGACACGGAGAGCAGCGACGAGAGCGAGGUGUCCAGACCAACGAGCAGACAGCGUGGAAGCACUUGCUGAAUUCGGACGCCGCGGGCGAGCCGCCGGUAUUCUUCGAACACCUGGUAGUGAACCAAGACGGCGGCGUGAGCCUCAUUACGGGCACAAAGGAGGCCGAGACCGACAAGCUUUGGCACUUCUCGCGGCUUCUCAGUGCAGCCUCGGUGUGGGCAUCUUUUUGCCCAUCAACACGCACUUCAUUGCCCACGUUUUCCACAAAGUGACCUCGGAGGAGAAGACAUCCGAGAAGAAGGAGGAUUUCCUGCUCAUCAACACUAUAAGAGAUGGAUUCUCGAGCAUGCUGGGACAACGAGGGGCCAUGUUAGAGUAUGAUUCAUUCCUGCUCCUGAGCAGCUUGGAGAUUUUGAUACUGGCGGGCCUCUGGUUGCGUCUCAUCUACAGCCUCAUCAUCAUCUGCUCAAACACAGGGUGGAAACGCUGGUGGCAGGUUCAGUCCGUGUUUUUCGAGCAACUUGGGACGAUAUCAGUGUUCAGUGGCAUGCAGCUGCUGUUCUAUAUCACGCCGAAGGUUUUCGUUGCAAAUGUGAUGUCAGCGCUGACUGGGCGUGAGCAUCCUGAUUACUGCCGUGCGAUGCGGUACAUCCUCUUCCGGAUAUUAAGCUUCAUAAUCGGUUUCGACGCGUUCCUGGUUAAAUUUCGCCAGGCAGCGCAGCAUUUCAUCGUAGACAAAGCAGACCUGACACCCGAUAGAUUGUAUGGAUCGGCGAUGUUGCUCAAUCAGAUACUGGGGGUGAUGCAGCUCACUUGGAUCGUCAGGAAGAGAGUCUACCGCUUCGUGUUUGGAGGUCCUUCGUGCACAUUCACCGACGAGGCUUUGAUCAAGAUCGACAUGUGGAAUUCUUGGGUAGCAAUGCGGAUCUGGAGGAAGUACAAGAAUAUAAUCGACAGGUUGGCGCUGCUGACGACAUUCACCGACGAAGAUUUCCAGAUGUUGCUUCUGACCAGCGAAAAGGACGAUUAGGAAGUGCAUUACAAAUCGUUUUAAAUCAGGCGCGCUGAACCGUUUCGAACAAGCAGUGCUCAAAGACGGCCUGCGCAUCGGGUGCUGCACGGCUGCACGGGUUAUACACGUUGCCUGGCAGGCGGCCAGGACUUGUAUCGAAGCACGGAAGGCCGAGGCCGGCCGCGUAGCGGCCGCCGGCCUCCGAAGACUUGCGCUCGGCGGGCUCUCGGCACAGAGCACCGGCCGCCACCAUCCGCGCCGCCGUCGAUCCUCUCGCCUCGUUUACCUCGGGCGUCCUGCCAGGAGCCCAAAUGCACAUUGACGCGGCCUGGGCGGA